AUGAGCACUGAAUAUUUCAUAACAUUGAAUGGAGGUUUGAAUGAGGGAGAAAUGAAUUCGACCUAUUCCAUGAAAGUGUCGAAUACUCUCACAUUAGAAGAAUGGUUGGUCGCUGUCAUUGUGAUUGCAGCAUUGGUAGGUGCCUUUGCCGUUGGUACUGCACUAUUGUUGGGUGUCAUUUUGAUUUCGAAAUUGUCAAGCAAGACCAAUACACAAUCUGCAACAACAUGUUCCUCCUCGAAAAAUGUUUCAAUUUCACAACAAGAAUUAAAUUCUAACAAGCAAAAUGGACCAUUUUGGGAACCCACUGGCAAUGAAGAACAAUCUGGAAUGAUAGCAUGA